CUUCUCUAUCUCUUUCUCUCUCAUCUGUAUCAGAUAAGACAUCCACAAAAUAACUUUACCCCUUUCUCUUCCCUACACCAAAACCAAAAGAAAAGAGAGAAAAAAAAAAUACAAUUUUUUCUUUUUCUUUUUUUCUGAAGCAAAGCAAAGAAAAAAUGAAGAUAAAGAACAAAGGUAAAGUAUACCCAUCUCCAUCUUCAUCCUCAUCUUCAUCUUCAGCGAUUCCAUGCCAUUCCGAUGGAGAUUUUCUCUCUGUGUUGAAGUUACUCCCAGCUGCGAUUCUAGCUCUAGCUUCUGUUCUUUCUCUUGAAGACCGUGAAGUCCUUGCUUACAUGAUUACCCGCUCCAUGAAAACCACAACCCCAUCUCCAAUCACCCAAGAUUCCAAGCGAAAACCUCCAAAAAAAGCCCCAAAUAACCACAACAAGAACAGUAAUAACACCAACACCAACGCCAACAAUAGCCACAAGCCACCGAUGUUUGAGUGCGACUGUUUCGACUGCUACACAAGCUACUGGUUCAAAUGGGACUCCUCGCCAAACCGCGAGCUCAUCCACCAAGCCAUUGAAGCGUUUGAGGACCACUUAGCUCACGGCGAGAAGUCAAAGAAGGUCAACGGCAGAGGCAAGCGUAGAGACAAACCCACUCGCCGUGUACCAGAAAAACCCUCCUCCGAUGAUGUUUCUGAAACCCCAUUACCAGAAAUUGAAGAAAGCUUCGAUUUUUCCAAGGAGAAAGAUGAUAAAGUUGUUGUGAUAGCUGAUGAUGAUGAUGUUGAAGAAAGGGAUACUGAGAAGUACGAGGUCGAAGAGUACGAGGAAGACAACAAGGAAGAAGAGGUGGUCACAGUUCCGACAAUGGUGGCGGCGACAACCAACAACAACCACCACAAGGGUUUGGCUAGGAAGGUACUGCCGGACGUGUUAGGUUUAUUCAAUUCCCGUUUAUGGAAUCUUUGGGGUCCGAAUGUGUAGUCAAAAUCAACAAAUUCUAUUUCUUCUUUUUUUUUUUGUUAAUUUUCUUUCCUUGGUUUAAUUCUAUUUUGGUUUUAACUCCUCGAAGCCCCCAAAAAGGACCAGAUUAAAAGAAAAAAAAAAGUUGAUGGAAAUUUUUUU